CCAGUGGCCCUCAACAAUCAAAUCUCAGCUACAUGUUAUUUCACCGGGCUCCACAUGGCCUUACAAUCAAAUGUUAUUUCUCUAAAAUGAGAUUAUCCCAUAAUGCGAUGGUCCUCUGGCAUGUUCAUUUGAGGCCAACAGUGCCACAAUUUUUCAUAGCAACCAAAAAUAAUAAAAACAGGCGUCAGAUAGGAUGUGAGAGAUCAAAUCUGGGUUUCAGCCGAGGAGAAACACUAAGACCUACAAUACCCAGGGUUCAUGUGUACAUGCAGCCGGAAGAGGAAAAUGCAUGGAUUAAUGUGUUUACAACUCAACAAAUCAAGCUCGGCGUCCACCGGUACCGCUUCCAUUAACCGGGCUGAUGCCGUCUGCCUGUAGCAUGCGGUUCUGGGUGCUGCUGACACUGCCUCUCGCUGUGUGUCUUUAGUAAGGACUCGUGUGGUUGUUGUGGCGCACACAGCGAAUCUGUGGCAGCAGCGUCAGACCACCCACCAUCUGUAGCGGCGGCGGACUGUGGAAGUGGGACACGGGAACAGAUGGCGCAUCCAAGCCGGUCUGCAGGGCUACUGACGCUGAAUAAGAGAGCAGAGCUGGAGAUGAAUACGGCGGUCAUUAUCAAUCAUUGAGAAGUAAGUCUCUGGGUGCUGCUCUGUAUCCUCGCAGAGCCGAGGAUGCUGGAGUGACUGGGAUAAUUCAGGGUUAGGAGCGCCGUCGCAAAUUGCCAAAUCGACACGGAUUGAUGCGCAGCCGCUCGGCCGCUGGGAUCGACUUAAUCCCUUUUUACGUGUGUCGAAGUUGGUGAACAAUGGUUGACAACCGCUACGCCACGGCUUUGGUCAUCAGCUGCGUCCUCAGCAUCCUGGCGACGGUGUAUCUGUCCGUGGCCAUCGGGACGCAGCACUGGUACCAGUACAGCAGCCCGGCCGUCCGCGGGGAGGCCAACGUGUCCGAGCUGCGCUCCCUGCAUGAGGAGUUCAUGGACGGGGAGUUUGACGAGAAAACCUACAGCGACACCCUGUUCCGCCUCAACGGGACCGUGGGCCUGUGGUGGCGGUGCGUCCUCGUUCCCGCCAACGCCCACUGGUUCAAGGAGACAGAUGUCAAGAUGGUGAUGGAGUGUCGGAGCUUCACUCUACCUCAGCAGUUCACUCCCAAGUACAAAGAACCAGGGAACCACAACAGUGGAGAAGACAUGCUGCGCACCUACCUGUGGAGGUGCCAGUUUCUGCUGCCUCUGGUGUCCCUGGGUCUGGUGGUGUUGGCAGGCCUGAUUGGGUUCUGUGCCUGCCUCUGCCGAAGCCUCACUCCAACCCUGGGCAUAGGAGUACUCCACUUGCUGGCUGGGCUCUGCACCCUUGCCACGGUGUGCUGCUACCUGGCUGGGAUGGACCUGCUCCACCGGGUGUCGGUGCUGCCUGACAAGGUGGACGGCUCUCUGGGCUGGUCACUCUACCUGGCGCUCAUUUCCUCCCCACUGCACAUGAUGGCCGCAGCACUGCUGGUGUGGGCGGCACGCAGCCACAGUCAGAACUACUACCGCAUGACCGCCUACCGGGUGGCCUAGACUGACCACAGAUAAGUCUGGUGUCAUCAGUUCUUGGUUUUUGCCCUGUUUAAAAAUCACAUUUACAGUUGAUCUCAGAGGGAGGAGAUGAGGAUUAAUCUGCUCAGUUUGCCCUCUGGUGGAUUAAAGUGCAUGUACACUGUAGUAAUGAUCCUAUGUGCUGCAUUAAAAGAUUUGAUUUUUAUCUCUGUGGGGACGAAGGAUUGGUUUGGAAAAGGUCAGUUGGUGACCCAGAAAGAGAUGUAUGUUACAGCAUAUGAUUGGUUACUUCAGGACUUUUACAUAAUGGCUUAUAUGUUUGGGGUCAGCUGCCACCUAGUUAGCAUCCCUAGGCAGAGGUUUGCCGUCAUCAUCACUGUAGCAGUCCUGUCUCAGCUGCUUUAACAUACAGUUGAAGGGUGAAGUUGUUAUAUUUCUCGGGAUGGGGUGGAGGUCAGACUUUAAGAGCACAGUGAAAAGUGAAUCAGCAGUUACUAUAUAUAUAUACACUGUACUGUUACAAAGGAUUUAAAGCUCUCUCCUCCCUUUGUUUUUUUACUUGAGUGGAGUAUUUAUUUCUGACAAUCAUUAAAAGAACACGCCAAGUUCGGGGGAAAAUUAUAUUUUUGUCUGUCGUGUCCAGAGUCAGAUGAGAUAGCAAUAGUACAACAGCAACAGGACUGCAUGUUGACUGAGUUAACAUAAUGAAUGUGUGAACGGGGAAACAACUUGCAUAACAAAAAAGACAAAAAAGAAGAAAACUAGGAGAGUGCACGCAGUAGAGUGCAGAUCUACGCCAUGUGUAUCUCCUCUUUUCCAAGCCAGGGAGACGCAGCAGCUACAUGUAGUUUCAAAUGCUUUACAAACCACAAAUUGAAUUACUGCGUGACUCAUAAUACAUUACAGUGGCCAGCCAGGCGUUUGUUGCUCUUCGCUGGAAGUUAUAUUGCGAUUGACAGAAACCGGUUUCCAAAAGAGCACUAAUUAAAAAACAAAAUUCAAAAUUACAGUCUCUCUGUUUCUCUUUCCUCAUUUUUUUUACCAUGGAGAUGUGAGGCUCUGUGACCUAAUUAAACUCCUGAUCUGACAUUUUUUUUUGCUUGUCAGCAGUGGUAAAAUGUAGGUCCUGGAUUUUUUCAUCCACAAAUGGAGCAGACAUGGCCACAAUUGCAUAAAAAAACAACAAAAAAACGAGCUAAACAGUGAAUCAGGUAAGAAAGUGACAGUGACCCAGCAGUAUAAGCAGAGAGGGAUGGCAAGAGAGCUGCGAGGUAGAUGGUGAAUGUAGUGAGGGAGAGAGAGAGAGAGAGAGAGAGAGGGGUGUUGGUCGAGUGAGGUAGAUGGUGAAUGGAAGUACCUAUAAUAAACACUUUGCAAAGGUUUUACUCAUAGCAACCACAAGAAGUUCUUCUUGUGCCAAAAGUGUGCACAAAAACAUUUUGGACGAUAAGUCCAGUAGUUUCCAAGACCAGUCCUGGAUAUUAAAACCAAAACCAAAAAAAAAAAACCAAACAAACGCAAAGCCAUCUUUCUCGACUAUAUAUUCAACCACUAAGAUGUUCUUUAUUCUAACUAAGUUAACAUGCAGUUUGAUGCUGUGGACCGAACGCACAGGCAUUAGCUGCAUCCUCUCAUCCUCCCCUGGAUAAGACAGACGGAAGCAAACUUUCCCAAACUUGGCAUGCUUCGUUCAGGUCAGACUGUGGUUACGUUUAUAAUUUGAUGGUCCAGUACAAUGUUUCGUUUGCUAUUUUUAAGAAUAUUUUCAAUGUUUUGACUGAUUUUGUAGACUUUCGUAGACGUAUUGAGGAUGAUACUGAGCCAUUACUUAGAAUAGUCUCUUCCCCUUUUCAUGUAUUGUUUACUCCACCUUAUAUCCUAAUAUUUAUUGGUCUCUAUAUCCUUUUAUGAUAUGAGUUGUGUUUACCUUUAUUUAAUGUUUUAUUUAUUUGCCAUAUACUUAUCUUUUGUCCUUGAUUUUCAGUUGGUUUAUUUCUACAUCAUCAUCAUGGUAGGGGGGGACUCAAGACUCAAUUUUAUCCUAUAAAGCAUUAUGAAUGUAUUUUUAAGGCCAUAUUCAGAUAAGCUACUAUCCUCCUUUGCACUUAAAUUAUUUUUGAACAUAUCCUGAAUGUUGCAGUUGGUCAUGAGGAUUUCCGAUUUUUCCUGUUUUGAAGAUAAUGGAAAUGUCUCGAUAAUCAAAUGAAUGGAGAAAGGAAAAAAAAAAACAAUCAUCAAACCUAAAAUCAUUGUAUAUGGAAACAGAUGAUGUGUCCAUAAAUACAUAACACCACAUACAAUAUUUUUUAAAAAAGUGGUCGUUGGUAGGAGUGUGUGUUCAGACAUCAAGCCGCUGAUUAAAAAAUCAUGGAGUUUUCAGACAGAUUGUACUUAUCCACAUAUCCUGCCUUUAAAUGCAACAAAUGGUUCAAUCCCUGACUCUGGUGUAGCAUAAAUAUAUGGCAAAUGUUAUUGUAUGACUUUGCUAUUGUGAAACCACGGUGAAUGUGCCCUGCAUUCUCCAUUAGUGAACCUGUGUGGAUCGGCUAAUGGCACGCUUAAAAAUUGUGUGUGUGAGUGUGUGUGUAUGUGCACAAACGCACGUGUUUGUCCGUGUUCCAAGUAACUGCUGUCAUUAUUCCAAUAAACUUUUUUUUUUAAUUUAUUUU